AUGACCGAAACAAAGCCGCCAACUUCUAAUUCUAAUGAAGAAGUUUUACAGUUUUUGGAAACACUCGAUACAUACUCUCAAACCACGCAAACCACCAAUCCAGCACCUGCAACAUCUGGAGGUACAUCAGCAGACACACAGUCUGUAUUAGAUUUUCUUGACCAAAUUACUCAAUCCAAUACUACUGAACCAAAUACCAAAUCUGAAAUUCAAGUUAAUAAUAAUGGUUCUUUAAAGCAAGAACCUUAUAAAACUGCAAGUAACGUAGUAGAUACUUCUGUUAAUCGUGCUUUGGCAACAGUGGAAACGGUACGAACUAAUGAAGCUACUAAAAAAUUAGAAGAAAGAGUUCGUGGAAUUGUAACUAAAGAAACCAUUGAAAAAUUAGAUCUUAGAACAUUAGGACUUAAUACUCUCACUACAGUAGUAAAUGCCGUAGUUCCACCAAUUUCACAAUAUGAAAUCGUAGAAGUUUGGUUAGCACAUGAUAUGGUUGGUUAUGUUGGAGUGGAAUCACUUGUUUAUAAAGCAUUUAUGAGAGUAAUGGAACAAGUUGAAGGAGGUGAUAUUAUAGUUCGAAAGGGUAAUGAAUCUAGAAAGCGAGAUUCAGAUUAUGAAUUUCAUAAUAAAGAUUUAAAUGUUUGUGAAGGAUUUACUGAAGCUGUAGGUUUGGCCAAGAAAAAUUAUAAACCCUAUAAUUUACAAGAAGAAUCCUUUCAAAUAGAAUUACAUUCACAAGAAAUAGUAAAAGAUAGUCCAACUACUGUUUGUCCUAUUUUUAUGGCCAUUCAACCAACAAAAGCUAAUCCUUCACUUCCAGUAAGUUGGUUAGAUGUUCCAUAUGAAGAAAAUGAAUGGGUAGAAGCUAAAAUGGUUUCUACUAUAAAAUUGGCAGUUCAAACUAUUGCUCAAGAUUAUGUUUGGCAUAGAAUGACUGCAGUUGGUUUUUAA